AUGGCACGAACUAAGAUGGCAGGGCGCAAAGGCUCCAUCGGAAAAGAAAACAGAGAUAAUCAAAAGCGCAAACGCGAAGAAGCAGAGAGCGCAUGCAAAGACAAAGGAAAUUUCCCCUCCACCUUCCAAGACCAAGAACGCCCCUCCAAGAAACCAAAAUCUACCACCACUGCUCUACAAACAACCUGUCAACAAGCUCCAUCUACGAGCUCCGCCUCUCGGGCUCAACAACAAAUUGUCAUUCCCUCCUCAGUCCCGGUCACCACAGCUCCCGUCAGCGUUCAAGCGCAACGUCAAAUCCCUGCCCCUCACGAUCUAACUCGCACCUAUCAAACAACUCAGAUGUCCAUUCUCUCGUCCUCACAGAUCCAAAAGAAAGCCUCUCGUAUUCUCUCCAUUCUCAGUACCUUCUCCUUUUCCGAUCCAACACCGCACGUCGUGCUUUUAUCUGCCAAAGCACCUGUUGCAUGCAAACUUAUUUCGAUCGCAGAGAUAGUGAAGCGGGAAUUGGCAAAUAAUGGCGCAAAAUGGUUUCAAUAUAACGUUGUUGGAGAGUUGAGUACUACUAUUCCGAGAAGCUAUACAGAAAUCGGGAAGGACGAGACUGAGAAGGAAGGAGGGGAUGAAGGAGAUGUAGAGAUGAAGGACGGCGGCGAGGAAGAAGCUUUUGAAGUUAUGAAAACACCUUUUGAACGAGCACUUGAAGCUGAGGAAAGACCCAAGGUUCGAGGUGUAGCUACGCUAAGUCUCUAUCUGUCUCGAGUAAGGAUCGAGAGUUUGAAAAAGAUUUAUGGAGAGCAGACUAAUGCUUUGACCUGA